AUGGAGACCGCUUUCUUAGCGGCAGGGCCGGGCCCGCGCUCAGUUCCUAUGGUGGACCUCCGCAUCCUGGACGCGCUGGUCACCCACCGAGCGCUCCGAUCAUGGCUUUACCGUACGUAUCUGGCAUCGUACUCUGAUCUCGAGCUCCUAUGUACUAUUGCCCAGGAGGGUCUGCUCCCACCAUGGCUGGACCCGUCCAGACGACGAGGCGUUCGCCCAGUUCCCGUUAAUUACCCCGGUGCUGACACCGGUGUCUCUAUCGUCACGGACAAGCUGUUUGGCUGA